AUGAAAUUGGACACUUCUCAUAUGAGGUAUUUGACCUCGGACGAUUUUAGAGUAUUGCAAGCUGUGGAGCUAGGUUCCAGGAAUCAUGAGUUGGUCCCCACGCAAAUGAUCCAUUCGAUAUCUGGUAUGAAAGCACCUUCAGGUACGCAAAGGGCAAUUGGAGAUUUAGCAAAAUUGAAACUUGUUGCGAGGUUACGUAACGCUACAUACGAUGGGUUUAGAUUAACAUAUAAUGGGUAUGACUAUCUCGCCUUGAAAUCAAUGUUGAAUCGAAAUACUUUAUAUUCAGUCGGGUCAACCAUUGGUGUAGGAAAAGAAUCAGACAUCUAUUCCGUUAGUGAUCCCCAAGGUGUGCAAAAAGUCUUGAAAAUCCACCGUCUUGGUAGGACUUCAUUCAAGACUGUUAAAAACAAUCGUGACUAUUUGAAGAAUAGACACACUUCUAACUGGAUGUACUUAUCACGAUUGGCAGCAGCAAAAGAAUAUCAAUUUAUGCAAAUACUUUACGACAAUGAAUUCAACGUGCCGCAACCAUUUGAUUACUCAAGACACUGUGUCAUGAUGGAAUGGAUCAAAGGAUUACCAAUGAAGCAAUUAAACACUGGAAAUAUUGGUAAAAUAGACUACAAGAAAUUAUACUCUGAUCUCAUGUGUUUUAUUGUCAAGCUCGCCAAAGCAGGUUUAAUCCAUUGUGAUUUCAAUGAAUUCAACAUCAUAAUCAGAGAUCAAUCAAAUCCAAACAAUAAGAGUGAUUUUGUCGUUAUUGAUUUCCCCCAAUGUGUAUCAAUAGAACAUCCGGAUGCAAAAAUUUAUUUUGAUAGAGAUGUACAAGGUAUACGAGAUUUCUUCAAAAAGAAGUUUAAAUAUGAUCCUCAACACGAUUCAACCAUGUAUGAUACUGACGGAUAUGGAGACGGAUAUAAAUAUGCUUAUCCCAAUUUCAAGCGUGACGUUGUAAGAGAAAAACUGUUGGAUGUUGAAGUUGAGGCAUCAGGGUAUGCGAAAAAGAAGACAGGUAAGAAGGAAGUUAAAGAUUUGGAGAAAGCGGUGAUGGGAAUGAGAAUAACAACAGACGAAACUGACGAUUUGUCAGAACUUGAGGAUGAGGAAGAUGAAGAGCAGGAGGAUUAUGACGAAGAAGAAGAUGAUGAGGACGAGGAAUAUGAUGAAGAGGAUUUGGAUUUCGGCGACGAGGACAGUAACCACGAGGAACAGAAUGAAAAGAUCAUUGCUGCUAUAUCAUCCGGUGACAAGAACCUCAAAAUGGAUAAACUAGGCAAUUAUAUACUCGAUGAAUAG